GUAUCACAAGUCCUGUCAAUAAACUGCCAGGAUCCAACUGAGUUGAUCGUCUUCACAGCACGAUUUGAACACAUACUGACAUCUAGCAUUAUCAUCUUAAAACACGUUGAACCAACCUAGAAAACAAUUCCGGUUUUAUUAAUUUGAGAAAUCAGCAAACGUAAUUUUAUUAUGGCAAGAAAUAUUAUAAAUCGAAUUGAUUCUUUUUUUUCUAGAAUUGAAAAUGUUAUUGAACAUUUUUUUAACAAUAAAUUUCCACCUGCAGCUCUAUGUACAGUUGAUUUAACAAGUCAUCAAUGCUUGCCAAAAUACCAUGCAUCAUCUUCCAAGUCUCUUGAAGACGUUCUCAAAGAUGGCAUUUUAUGGGCAGUUCCUAAACGACGAAGAGCAGUAGAAGACCGAUGGUGUAGAAAAUUUGGUAUAAAAGGAUUAGUUUAUAAAAUUUUGGAACCAAAAAAAGAUCUUCUUGUUUGUCCUACUUGUGGACAUAAUUAUGAAGCUGGUCGUAUUUGCAAUCACUGUUACUUGAGAGUCAAGAGUGAGACAACAGAAAUGCAAAAUACAGUAAUUAAAACUCUUGGUUUAGAACCAGUUGAAAAAGAAGUUGUAGUUCUUUAUGAAGAUGAAAAAUUAACUAAAACAUCAGAGUUUUGGAAAGGACAAAGAAUCAUUGAACUACCUAAAAAAAGACCUGCUUGGUAUCAUUCUAAUUUGCUUCAACCUACCACACAGGAACCAUCAGAUAGUACUGAUGUAAAACCAACAGAAUUAGCUUAAUCAUUUAAUCGAUAUCGUUUUCAGGUAAUCAGAAACUUUUUUUCAGCCAUAUAAAAGAUUAAAUAAUUUUUAUAAGUUUUAAAUACAACAAUGUAUAUGCAAAAUA